AUGUCCCAAAGUUUGAAAGAGAAAAACCUGACUUGGCGAUAUAGCGAUAAAGUUGAUGAGAAGAAUAGUACAAAUGUUGCAUGCAAGUUUUGUAACAAGAUUACAAAGGGGGUAAUUUAUCGCUUUAAAUUCCUUCUUAUUGGUGGCGAUAGAAAUGUCACAAGUUGUCCGAAAUGUCCACCGGAGGUGAGGGAUGAAAUAAAGAAUUUUGUUGAGAAGAAGAAGGAGCAAAAAAAAUCAAAUGAGUCAUCAACCAUUUGUGACCAAUCUGAUGAUGAUGAUGAUAUUGAAGAAGGUGAAGGUUUGUCACUUCCAACAAAACGGGGAAGAGAUGCUAUCUCUUCAAGCCAUGGAUCGACGGGUACGAGUAGGACUAAAGGUCCUAUAUAUUGCUAUUUCCCAAAGAAGCCAGAAGCAAAGAGCGGUGGAAGCUAA